GCCGCGAUAACAGAGCCGGAGAUAGAGAUGACAAGCGAUGAGGCUCUUGCCGUUGGAGACGAAGCUUCAGGGCCGUCACUGGCGCCAGUUCCUUCGUCGGAUGAUGGAGACAUGUCUGGAGUCGGAGAUGGCGGAGAGGAGGCGGUAGGUGCGUCGGACGAGCUGGUAGGACCUUCAGAAGAAUCACCGGAGCUUGAGUCAGGGCUUGAAGCCGGAGUUUUGGCUGAUGAUGACUUUGGAGGCUUUGCGGUGUUACCGCUGUUUGAAGAUGGGGAAGGGCUUGGAGUUCCGGUAGAGUUUUUCUUGGCCAUGGUCGGAGCAGCCGUAGGCGCUGAGGUUGGAGCGGAGGCUGUGGGUGGUGAUUUUGGGGAUGCUGCGGCGGCGGGAGAAGGAGAGGUUGAGUUCUUUUCGCCGUUGGAUUUCGGCGAGUUUGCCGGUGUUGGAGGAUCGGCGGCUAAUACGGCGGUGACGGCUAAUGCGGCCACGGCGAGAGAUAGGAGCUUAAGUGUCAUUAGUGCAGUGUUUAUUGAAGCUAUGCCGAAAAGAACAGCAGAAGCGCGUCCGUCGUCAUCUGAAGUCCAAAGAAACAAACCAGAUACUUUUGGUAAUUAUAGAUCUCAAGUAGCUGAGCUUUUGUCUCAAGGUGAGAGGAUCUCACAUCAUGAUCAACAACAACAAGCCAAUGAGAGGCAUUCUCAGAGUGUAAUAGGAGCGGGGAUGUCGAACAUCGAGAAAGAGAAUUUGAAUGUUUUGUUAAGGCAGUGUGUGAGGAAUCUAACUCCAGAAGUUGAUGAGAUGCAGGAGUGUGUAUGUUCUCUGUACCUGAUUUCUCAGCUAGGGAACAAAUGUCAGUCAUCCUCACCGAGCAAUCUUGUUCCUGAAGAAUCCGGAGGAGCGAGAGAAGAUGAUAUUCAACUACUUCUGAGGUCUGACCCUGAUAUGGUCAAGAACAUAACGUCCCAGUAUUCAAAUGUUCUGCUGUCAAAACUGGACAAUAUGCAGCAGGAACUCGAGAAACUUCUUGAUGAUGUGGUGGCCACUUGCAGACCUAUGACUCGUGGUGAAAUUCGGGAGCUUCAGAAAUCAAUCAAGGAGCUACCUGAAAGAAAUCUCAACCGCGUCGCUGAAAUAGUAGGAAGCCAUUACAUAACAUCUGACAAAGAUUUCAACGAUAAUGUUAUCGUUAACCUGGAUCAGGCGGACAACAUCAUGUUAUGGAGAUUGCAUUUCUAUGUAAGAGCAGUCAAGAGUGCCCAGAAGCUCGCUCCCUAGCUAACUUUGGCUGUAUAUAUGGUUAGAGAUGGUGUGAUGGUCUAAACCGGUUUAAAUAUUUCCUAGUUUUUUUUCAUGAUUAGUCCGGUUAGGCAACGGUUCUA